AUGCAAGGAGCACUGGUGUUGGAGGUGGCUCAGGGUGAAUGUGGUCGCUCAGAGAGCUGUCCUCCUAAAAAAGCCCCUGCUGGCUUGAGCAGGAACCAAGCUGUGGCAGCCCCUUUAUUUCAGUGGGCUACAGCACUAGGGAGCUAUGAAGUCAGUUCCCCAUGCCAAGCAGUUGAUUCUUAUGACCAUUCAAAUGAUGAGAGUUAUUUUGAUGCACCUGAGUCAACUUUCAGACUGACCCCAAUAACUACAAAUUGUUGCUCUGGAGUCAACGUUCCUCACAAUCCGAAUGAAAGGGAAGCCCUCUCCCCAGAGUCUGUUUGGGCUGCCGGGAAUCCGUGGGAAUCCGUGCAUCUACUUCUUACCAAGGUCGCUCUGCAGAGCUACUGCCCGGGGCCAGUUCUGGUCUCUACUCCUGACAAUAUCACUGAGAGGUUAGACAGUGUGGAACCGAAAAUCAAGAUCCAGCUCAUAGACCUGCCUGAGUGCUCGGCUCUCCCACCUACUUUCAGUUCAACGGGAGGCUUUGAGGGUCAUCUGUACCCAGGGCUGUCUUUCUUCUUCUAUGGACUUUAUCAUGCACAACUUGUCUCCAGAGCCUUGAUAUGCAAUGCCCCUGUCCAGUAUCCACCACGCCAUCCCUGGAGCAAAGGAAGAUGGGCGAGGCUAUGGCAAAUAUACUACAUUGGGUUGCUGAAGAUAUUGACUGCCUGCAUUUUAGUAGCCCAAGAGUUGCACAGCAUUCCUAGACAGUUUGUACUUAUCAGCAAGAUGUAUCAUCAGAGAAACUUUAUGUUCCGCAAACAGUGGCAGCAUCUCACUCUCUAUAUGACUUUCUUGCUGAGUGGGUGCGUAGACAUGGUGAGCCAGAACCUGCUGCCCAAGAGAUGUGCUGCUCUGGAGCAAGGUGCCCAGGCUCUGGGCAUGUUCAUAUUUCUGCCCCUGAUGGUGUCUCACCUGCAGGACACAGAAGGAAUGGAGCUUCAGUCUCACGUGCUGCUCACCCAGGCCAUGUUCCUGCUGACUCUGGUGGUGACCGCAGAACUGUGGGCUCCCAGCAUGCCACUGAUCUGUUUCAUGAAGGCCUUUUUGUAUAUGAUCACAGGCUCUUGGCUGAUGCACAUAGGCUUUAUGCUGUUCAAACCAAUCUCUGGCUAUCAAUGGAUGGAUGAUGACAGAAAUGACAUUAUGUUUGUCACCACCUUCUUCUGUUGGCAUGUGAUCUUCAGUGCCAUUUUGAUGAUCUGUAUCUAUGGCUUCUCCUUUUGGUGA